AUGAAAGCGGCUGUUUUCAAGAAGCCAUACCUUGUCGAGACUGUCGAGAAGCCGAUUCCCCAUAUUACUUCCCCCACCGAUGCAGUCGUUAAGGUAAAGUACUCGGCACUUUGUGGAUCUGAUCUCCACUACUACCGAGGACACAUCCCACUGAAGGAGAACACGACCAUGGGUCACGAAUUCGUGGCCACUGUUGUCGAGAAGGGUGACGCAAUUGAUGACUCGGCUUUCGCUGUUGGAGACGAUGUCAUCUCUUGUUUCACAAUUCAGUGUGGGGAAUGCUGGUACUGCCAGAAUGGCUACUCGGGAACCUGUGACAAGACCAAUACUUUUGGAAAGAUUGGAUUGGAAGGCGGCCAAGCUGAGUAUGUUCUCGUUCCCUACGCAAAGUCCACUUUGCACAAGAAACCCCAGAGCUCGGACGACGACUCCGUGUACGUGCUCAUGGCAGACAUCUUUGUGACGGGCUACUUUGGCAUUAAAAAGGUGAUGGAUCAUCUUUCCAGCUUCAAGACUAAGGAUAUCACGAUUCUCCAAAUUGGAGCGGGACCAGUCGGUCUUUGCUCAGUCAGAAUAUUGAAGCACUUUGGCUUCAAGUAUGUCGUGGUAGUGGAUGGCAUUCCUGAACGUUUGGAACAUGCCAAAAAGCUUGGGGCACAUGACACCGUCAACUUCAAGACCGAAACAGACAAAUUACAAAAACUUAUCGAGACUGGCACCGGUGGCUUGGGAUUCGAUGCGAUCUUGGAGAUUGUGGGUGCGCAGCUGUCCAUGAGGACUGCGUUUGACAGUGUAAGAAGGGGUGGCUUUAUCAGUUCAGUUGGAAUGGGUCACGAGCCACUUCCAUUUAAUGGUUUGGAGGCUUACGCGAAGUGUGUUACUGUCAGUUUUGGCAGAUGCAAUGGCUGGUCAUUGUUUGGAGAUGCUUUGGAGGUGUUUGAACAGGUCAAAGGGGAUUUUGGUGAUUUUAUAGACGCCAGGCCGUCAAUUGAUGAAGCAAAGGAAUACUACGAAAGGUUUGAACGGGGUGAUGUGGGAAAGGUGGUUUUUACCUUCUAA